AUGGUUGAAAACAUUUUAUGGUGCUCGUGUAAUCAUAGUCGCGUUUUUGCACCCAUGUCCAAACUCUUCUUUACCGAAAGCCUUCUUUUGGUCUUUGGCGGGCUAAUUUUGGGUCUGAAUGACUCGGUAUUCCUUCCGUACGCUAACGAAGUUCUUUUGCGGAUCGAGGAUCCCACCCGUCAGAGAAUGGUUUUGUUAGCAUGUGCCACAAGCUUGGGCGCUCUAAGUAUGUCCACCCAUUUGUUUUCUCCCGUUUCUCUUCUCUUCUUCAUCUUUUCUAACCUUAGUUACUGCUCUUGGCUAUGGGGUGAUUGCUCACUUCGUCUCUCCGCUCCAGAUUUUCCAGUCUGCCUUAUUGUUCUUUUCUCUUGGAUGCGUGGUUUCUGCCAUCCUGGGUCUUUUUUACCUUCUCGCUAUUGCACAAAUGAUAAAGGCUCUAGCAUUGGGCCUCCUCUCUCUUUCUGUUCCUCUUUUCGUUCUCGACCAGCUGAAUUGGCCCCAGCGUUUAGCGUUUGUACAUCUCUUUUCUAA